GUGCAUAGUAUGCAGGCAAUAGGAUGGGUAAAUCGAUGGCAUGAAGUCCGUUGGCUGGGCUCUGCAACAAGUUGGCACGCCUCCUUUUUUUCGUGGACAAGUCGGUGCAGAUGCCCGGAUAAGGGAGCUAGAUUUUUUGUCACACCGUCUGCUUGAUAGAAACAUAAAUUUUUGGAGCUCCCCCUCUUCUUCCUUCUCUUCCAUUCAUACUAUUCUCUGUUACUUUUCAUACUCUUCUCUGAUACCAAAGCUUUACAUCUCUCUUCUCAUCUCAAUCGACCCUUUUCUCCAAAAUGGCAGCUGCAGUUCUCCAACCUCUCCAGGGGCUUUCCCUCGACGGUGGAAUCAUGGAUCCUUCUCCAAUCUCUCCCAAUGCUUCCCGUCACGGACGAGGAAAGCACGGUGGCAGCGUAGCCAAGAAGACCCGCGGACGUGGCUACAGCGUCGUAGACGAGCGUGACGUCCUGAUCUCCAAAGCCCUCUCAUUCGUGCUGAAACGCACCGUGGACGAGAACGAAGAGCAAGAAGAAGGAGCCGAGAAGCUCGUAGCCGAUUCAGAAGGCUGGGUUGACUGUGAUGAUAUUCUCGCCGCCCCCCAAAUCUCCUCCCUCAAAAUCACCUUCCUAGAACUCCAAGCCCUGAUCUCCUCCCCCACUUCCAACAAAUCCCGCUUUGCAAUCCGCCUCGACCCCUCCACCGAAAACUCCUCCGACGAAGACCUCGACGCCUCCGACUACCAAAUCCGUCUGUCCCCCUCCCUCCAAACGCCCGCUACCCCCACCACCACCUCUGCCAUCCUAACCCCUCUCACCAUCGACUCCGAGGACCUGCCCGACCUGAUCGUCUACGAGACCUCCUACGCCAACUACCCCCUGAUCCUCGCAUCCGGUGGAAUCAAGCGCGCGGGCGGCCAAGCGAACCUUUCGUUCUCGGCUCUAUCCUCAGAGGGCGAAAUGACGCCGUCGUCCAGUGCGGACGUGAGUAUCUACAUCCCGCUCCGCUCCGCGAUGGCGGCUGACCCGGCGAUCACAUGGUCGCGGACUGAGGCGGGGAAUGUGGUUACGGAGGGAGAUAAGACGGGGGUUGUGAGCAAGCAGUUUUGGAAGAAGGUUGUUGCUCGACGAGCGGACAUUGGAGUUUUGUUUGAGGAUGGGGUUGUGAGGAAGGAGGUACCCGUUGGAUUGAGGGGUAAGGGCGUUAAGGGAAAGAAGGGGAUGGGAAAGGGUGGAAAGGGAAUUGGUCGUGUGAUUAAGGAGGUUAAGGCUGGUAGUGAUGAGGAGAGCAGUGAGUAGAUAGUUUGAUUCGUGUACUUGGAUAUAUAGUGGGGCUGGUUAGGUAUGGGAUGGACUUUUGGAUUGGAUUUGGGCAGGCGGACUUCGGACUUCCAAUUUGGAUGGAGAGGAGGGAUUGUGCGUGUCUAUGCAUUGCUUUGUACUUGGGAGGAGGAAAUACCCGUUUGUGAUGAUAUGAGCAAAGCGGCAUUGGGAUUGGAAUGGCAUAUAGGUAGCAUCAUCAAAAUAGAUUUCUACUCUUGAGCAAC